GCUAAUGAGUCAAAGGUCCGCUUCUGACUAUCAAAGGGGGGCGAAGACGAAGAAGCGAAACCUAACAAGUGAACUUGUUGAAUGACAACCAAAGUAAAAACUUUUCACCUUUUCAACGCUGACGUUUUGUUUUUUUUCCCCAGCUCGUUGACAAGUCGACACACUUUGGCGCACCAAUCUGCCCGGUUAGGAGCCGACGACAAUGCGGGACCGAACUAAAGAAUUGGGGAACAAAGGAUAUGCUUCAGACGAUGAUGAUGAGGGCGAAUCUCUGAUGAAACCUGGAGGCUCUUCAGCCAAGGAGGAGAAGGACAAUGAGAGCUUCUUUAGAAAGGUGCAAGAAAUCCACGAGGGCCUUUACAGUCUGAAGAGAAUGGUUUGCGACCUUGAGAACAAGCAGAAAAGGGUUCUGGGCGUGGCGCUGCCUGAGGAGGGCAUGAAGAAAGAGCUGCAGAUGCUACGAGAUGAAAUCAAGAUGCUGGCCGGUCAAAUCCAGAGGAAACUCAAGAGUAUCGAACCCAAGAAGGGAGACGACGAUGGCAAAUAUGUGUCCGUCAACGUUCGCAUGCAGCGCACUCAGCACGCCGUCCUGUCCAGAGAGUUUGUGGAGAUGAUGGGCCACUGCAACACCAUCCAGGCACAGUAUAGAGACCGCAAUGUGGAACGGAUACAUAGGCAACUCAAGAUCACUGGCACCAAAGUCACAGACGAGGAGCUGGAUUCAAUGCUGGAGAGCGGCCAGACAGACGUUUUCACGCAAAAUAUCCUGAAUGACGCCAAGGCCACCAAACAAGCGCUGAACGAGAUCGAGUCGCGGCACGACGAGAUCCUCAAGCUGGAACGGAGCAUCAGAGAUCUUCAUGACAUGUUCCAGUACCUCGCCAUGGAGGUGGAGGCUCAGGGGGAGAUGGUGGACCAGAUCGAGCACAACAUCAAGCAGUCGUCCAACUACGUGGAAAGAGCCAAAGAGAACACGGAAAAAGCAGUCACGUAUCAGCAGAAAGCACUGCAAGGUAACAUUUUUAAGGACUGUCUAAAAAAGAUCUGGAUAGCAAUCUGCUUGGCUGUGGUCAUCCUCAUCCUCGCCAUCUCACUGGCCGCCACUUUCUCCUGACGCAGACGGCCGCCUGUAGCGCUAGGUCUGGGUCAGUUAGGAAUGUGCCCAUCGCCUCACGUUUGCCUCGCUAACAUUUAGUCGGCCUUCCCGGUGCCGCUCGUUCCUGUAAAAACGUCCCAUCCAUCAAGAGCAGGACUGUUACAGCAGUGCGCUCCCCCCCCAGACUGGAGCCUGACUGGUGCUGAUCGAUCAGUACUCAGGAACACUUUUGGUUUUAUAGCACAAAGGGGGCUCUCUUUUAUAACUAAUUGUACAUAAUGUAUGGUGCUGUUCACGUAAACAUUACAUUUUAAAGCAAACUUGCCUUGGUGUAAUUAUGUGGUGUAAAUACAGAUGUUUGGACCCUCCCGGACCAAUUUUUGUAUUUAUCAUUUGAACUCGGAACAUGUGAGAUGCUAAGGGCACAUUCAAUUCUUAAAUAUAUCGCCAUGCACUGAAACUGUCCAAACUUCCUCCUCCUCCGCUUACAGUCGCUGUGGGUAUCUGCAAUGCAAUGACUUGAAAGUUUCAUUUGGACAAACAAGUAUUGACUCAUAUUACUGUGGCUUUGGUCUUAAAAUAAAAUGCUGCCAUCUUUUA